AUGGAUGGUGAAGUUCAAGCUGUGGUAAUUGACAAUUUAAGUCGGGUCGAGGAGAUGAAGCCCAAAUUGGCAGCGCUUCAUUCAAAUUCAAAUGCAUUUGAAUGCCAUUUGGCUUCGGUCGGCCACCACUUCAAUAUUCUCCAUGCUAUGUAUAAUGCUACCACAAGAAAAUGUAUUAUGGCCGGUGCAAUUGAAAUUAAGGAUGUUGGAGAAACUGAGCUUUUCGAGUUUUUGGAAGAAAACCCAAUAGUUCGUCAAACCUACAGACACUGCGCUUGUAUUGCUCAGAAGAUAAUUUACGAAAUCUUGAAUUUUGAAAGCAAAUUUCGAGUGUUUAUUGUUGAUCCGGAUUUGCAAUGCGAUGGGGUUCAGAAUGCAGCUAUUCAUUGA